UCUGUGUCUAGCACAGACCAGAAAAUAAAUAAAGAAAGCCGAAAGUUGACAGAACGGCCCCUAACUUGUGAUCGACCUACUAACUAGUAAAUAGAAAAGACCUAGAAAAACAACAACAUUUUAACAUAGCAAGUAGAGAGGCUUGAGAAACACUUUAAAGACACUUGAAAAAAUGCUCUUUGUACUUUUUAGUUAUCCUGCAGAUCUCAUCAAAGAGGAAUGCCCGUUACCAGAUGAUCUUCUGUUCUAAGCAAAACACUAGAUAAAUAUGGAUUUAAAACGUACUUUACCGUCACUAGCACAGUUCUGCUUGUGUUGUCUGAACACUGACUGUACACUGUACCCAGAGGACAAAUAUAACUUGGGUGAGGCUUAUAGAAAAUUAAUUGGAAAUACACUUCAGUAUGAGAUGCCGUACAAACCAAAAUUUUGCACAGAAUGUGCGCAGAGAUUGACCAACUGUAAUAAAUUCCGAGAAAAGAGUUUGAGAGCUUAUAACUUAUUAUCCAUAUUAGUUGGAAACCAUGAUUUGUUAACAACGCAAAACAUAAGAAGCAUAAAUAGAUCAAAAAAUAAUCUAACAUCUAAUAUAACAAAGAAGAUAUUUGAACCAGAUCACUCCGACUAUUCUUACUCCGUGCAGGACUGGCAACUCGAAGUCAAAAUUGAACUAAAAAACGAAAACGAAGAUAUCGAAAUAACAAUUGAACCCAAAAAAGAACUCACCGACAUAAAAAGUGAUGACGAAUUUCUGAACGAUGAUAUAGACAACGAUACAGAGUUCCUAUACAGUGACAAUAAAUUAGCGAAUAAGGAUGGAAUAAAAAAUAACUUGUUCAACGACCGACGCGAGACUGAUGAAUUGCACGGUGGCGAUUCUUAUGCAAGUAAUAAUGCCGAGGUCGAAGUUGAAAUUGUUGGUGAUGUUAAAAAGGAUACAAAUAUCGUCGACGCACCGAAGACAAAACGCAAGAACGCACGUAAGAAAUACGACAAGAACGAUGUUUCCGUUAACAAAGCGGUAAACACUGUACAUGAGGAUCUAAAGGUCUUUAUGAUUACCAAGUUGUCCCACGAAGAACAGUUAGCUGAUAUACAGAUGAGAAAGGAAUCGGAUAAUUACAAAAAAUCACCCCACAAAUGCAGAAUAUGUUUUAAGGGUUUUGGUACUAAGGUCACCUUUGAGUCUCAUAUGAAGAGACAUAGCGAUAUAUGCGGACCAGUUGUAUGUCCCGUAUGCAAGAUGUACUUUAAAACAAAUAGUUCGCUGCGCCUUCAUAUCAACAAAAGUCACAGCAUGAGAUUCAGUUGCCAGAGCUGUCCGUUGGUGACCAACCACAAGAAUUCAGCAGUGAACCACGGACGCUGGCAUAACGGCCUCAAAUUCAAAUGCCAGCAUUGUGAUGAGGAGUACAGUAAGAAGACUACGUAUUUGUACCACCUACGCAUAAGGCACCCGUCUGACGUGGUUUGCGCGAUGUGCGGGUUCUCGUUCAUCACUGAGAAUGGUCUAAGGAGGCACAUCAACUUCAAGCAUCGCUUCGAAAACGUGCAGAAUCCAGAAGGACCGCUUUGCGAGCCGUGCAACAUACGGUUCGCCUCCGACGUGGCUUAUGAAGCGCACAUGAGUAUCUCGCCCAAACAUACAUUUUCCGAAUUACCCGGUAGAAGGAACGAACCCGCAGUGAAAAGAACAAAGCAACAAUCUAAAGCGCAGAUCGUCGAAUGUGAACAGUGCGGUACUAAACUAAAAGGCUUCAAGUUGUAUAACUAUCAUUUCAAGAGAUUCCAUCCGGAUCAGAAUAAGACUCAGUUCCCGCCGCAAUUUCCGAAGCCUUUACUGUGCGAGUUGUGCGGCAAAUCUUUUAAGGUGGCUUGCUUCCUCCGGGACCACAUGCAAACAGCGCAUUCCACUCGCAAGGGGUACCAGUGCGACAUAUGCAACAAGAAGUACUCGCUCAAGGGCAUUCUCAUCAGCCAUCUCAAGACGCACACCGGUCCACAGCCCAGUUUCGGAUGCCCCAUAUGUGGGAAGAUGUUUUCGAACAAGCCGAACAUGAAAAGGCACAAAUUGACUCAUAAACUUUUGAAGCCAUAUAAAUGUCACUCGUGCGAUAAGACAUUCGUCAACACCUCGGAGAGGAGCACUCACGUGUUGCACUCUCAUCUCAAGCAGCCGUGGCCCAAAAAGAAUCGUGGCCCCAGGGUGCGGGCGAGCCGAUCCCGCCACACCAAGGAAGCAGUGUGCGGCAUCAUCCUACCUAAGGAGGACAAUGAGAUUAGCCAAGCUGAUAUGUGGCAAGAAUAAGAAUCUUAAUUAAGUUUAUUUAUCUAGAGAAGCUAGGUCAUAGAAUUAACUAAUAUAUAACUUCGUCCGCGUACGGAUUCUGAUAAGUUUUUCAUACAAAAUUUCUUCCGUUAUCGUACACAACAUACCCUGACCCACCGCAUCAACUCGGCGCAUUGGGCUAUCAAAUCUAAAGAUUAAAUUUUUUAAUCAGACUUAUAUCGCCAGAGUUCCGCGCGUUUUGACAAAUAAUAUUAUUUUCCUUGUUUUCUUUUUUUAUCUAUAUCUAUGUUUUUUUUUAUGACUAAAAAGUAAGAAAGUUUUAUUCUGAUAAGUAUCCCCCUUGGGGUGGGGUUUAAAUCGAGGUUUUAGAUUUGUAUGAAAGUCUGUUAUUUUUCAAGUUAUGUCCAUGGCACUUUGGUUCUUAAUUCAAAAUUAAGAAACAUGUGUUACCUGUUUUUGAAAAUUGGAAUAAGGUUAAUACAAUAAAAAAAUAUUAAAUGUCCCUAAUACACUGUAGUCUGUAUGUAACGUAGUAUGUAGGUACCUUCUAUAAGCAAUUUAAAACAAAUAAGAUUUCAGAAAAGCAACGCCAUCUAUCCGCCAGCCAAGCACAAAAAUAUGACAUACAAUAUACAGUAUUGCUAUACCAAAAUAUAUGAUUACAUGGUAAAAACUUUAACAUUA